AUGAUCAACGCGAAGGGCCUGAACUCCCCACAAAAACGAGCAAGAGCGCUGCGAGAAAUUCGAGCACUUAAGAUAUCAAUAGCUUUCUUCCAAGAAACACACUUUCUAGCAACAAAAGCCUCCAAAUUCUCAGACAAAUACUUCCCAACCGGCUACUAUGCGCAUAACCCCUCCACCAAAUCCAAGGGAGUGGCCAUAUUAUUCUCGGCGGACACCCAGUUCCGCCUGGAAGCAGAAGAGAAAGACCGAGAAGGUAGAUACCUUUUUCUCAAAGGACAUAUAGGUGACGCUCAAGUCACACUCGCAAACCUUUACCUCCCAAACAAAGGCCAAAAACCAUUCCUAGCCUCAGCCCUGAGAAACCUGGAGGAGUUCAGUGCAGGAACUGUCAUAAUAGGAGGGGACCUCAACGCCCCUCUAGACCCCAAGAUGGACACAUCUAAAGGGAGCUCCACGAUCCCGGACCAUGUCCUCAGAGGACUGCGGACCCUUUUGGCAGCUCACCAACUCGUAGACUGCUGGCGCAUCCUACACCACGCAGAGAAAGAUUACACCUAUUACUCAGCGCCACAUAAAUCCUACUCAAGGAUUGACUACUUCUUCAUCCAACACAGAGAUUUAGACACAAAGCGCUCAGCUCACAUCGCCCCCAUGACCUGGUCGGACCACGCACCAGUAAUACUCACCAUCGACAACCCUAGAACCUUCCGAUCCCAAUGGACAUGGAAACUUAAUGAAUCACUCUUAGAGGACCCACUGAUCCAAACAGAAAUUAGAAACACUCUAGACCACUUCUUCCUCACCAAUCAAACAACAGACAGCGCACCAACAACCAUCUGGGAAGCACACAAAUGCGCUAUCCGAGGGAUCCUCAUUAAACACGGCACUCGCCUGAAAAAACAACGCACACAAGAAAUAGCGCGCCUCGCUGCCCAACUGGCGCGUCUAGAAAAGCUUCACAAACAAGACCUCCGAGACGAAACCUACAAACAACUCCUAGAGACCAGAGCGAAACUCAACUCCUGCCUAACGUCAAAAAUACAAUUCUAG